GCUGGCCCCGCUGAAUAUAUGACUGCUACACACGGAUGCCGCAGACCCCCGAUACCCCCGAUUUCCUGAAAUCAUAGAAAUCCGCCGUCGGUAGAAAAGUUCGUACGGGGCCCGGUGAAUAUGUGACUGUAGCAUAAGCCAGCAAUAAAUAUAUAUUAUUUUACAAUACAAAAUAACCCACCAUUGUCAACAUGCCUAAAUAACUGUAUCAUGUUUUCAUACAAGAACAUACGUACUGAAAUGAUAAACAGCGUGUUUUCUUAGUUAAUUGGUCUAUUCGGUACUUUCAGUGGCGUCCACCUGUGAUUCCUGAUUGGCAGAUGUAUAUUUGUCUUAAUAUGGAUGCUGCAACACGUGAUGACCGCUCAGCCCAAUUCCAGUUAGAGGAAUGCUUGAAGAUUAUUGCUCAUCAAACUUCAAAAGAACUCGGACAUAAAAAGAGUGUCGAACAUUACCACAAGACGAGCGAUGGAUAUGACAAGCUGUCAAGCGUCAUUGAUUACCAAGGUCCGGUGGUAUUGGCGCGAACCAUGGCGGAUCUGUUUCCGGACGGGAGAGACAAGGUCAAGGUGCUUGAUGCUGCAGCUGGAACAGGACUUGUUGGGAUGGAACUGUUUAAAAUUGGAUUUAAAAAUGUAGAUGCUGUUGACGCAGCUAAGGGCAUGUUAGCUGUAGCGGAAUCGAAACACAUCUACCAGCACCUGAUCUGCCAACACCUGGGAGAAAAUCAAUUAGGAAUUGACAGUCGAAUCUAUGACGCAGUAACGAUGAGUGGAGGGGUAGGACAUAACUGUGUUCCAGUGGCUGGUUUCAAGGAACUCCUGGCUGUUAUAAAACCAGGUGGCGUGUUUGUGAAUGUCACGCGGGCAGAAAACGCUAGUGAGAUCGACGAGUACCGAGAUACCACGCUGCCUCUCUUCAAGAAACUGGCAGAAGAGGGAAAAUUGAGACUCGAAACGGAGAACACAUUUCCUGUCUAUUUGCAUGGAAAAGAAGGAGUCGUUUCAGUAUACAGAGUUUUGUAAUGAAAAGCGGACACUCGAAACACAAAAUUUACAAUAUUUGUAAAUGAAAAUAUAAAAAUAUAACUUCUCUGAUAUAGAAA